AUGUCUCAGAGUGACUACCAAGAUGUGGUAACAGAGCGCACAAUAGCUAACAUGUGUGGUUACCCACUCUGCAUCAAUUCUUUGCCUUCUGAGCGGCCUCGGAAGGGGCAUUUCCGAAUAUCACUCAAGGAGCAUAAAGUAUAUGACCUUCAUGAAACAUACAUGUAUUGCUCCUCUAGUUGUUUGAUAAAUAGUCGGGCAUUUGCUGGGAGUUUGCAAGAAGAGAGAUCCUCGACUCUGAACCUGGCAAAGCUUAAUGAGGUUCUGAAUAUGUUUGAAGGGUUGAGUUUGAACUCUAAAGUGGACAUGGGAAAGAAUGGAGAUUUAGGAUUGUCUGAGUUGAAGAUUCAGGAGAAAACCAACAAUAAAGCUGGGGAAGUUUCUGUAGAGGAGUGGAUUGGUCCCUCAAAUGCUAUUGAAGGCUAUGUCCCACAGAAAGAUCGCAAUUUGAAGCCCCGACAAUCAAAUAAUCUUAAAAAAGAAUCUAAACCCAAGCACGCAGAACCAAAUAAAGUAGACAUUAUAUUCAAUGAUAUGAACUUCUCUAGUACUAUAAUUACACAAGACGAGUACAGCAUUUCGAAACUACCUGGUCCUAGAAAAAUUGUUACCCAUAUGAAAGGUGAAGAACCAAAAGGAAAAGUGAGUCGUGAAGACUCAAGGGAUCAGGACAGCACCGUGCAAAACCCAGACGCUCCAAUUGGAAGCAUGACAGAAACAAAAUUGUAUAAAUCUGAUAAGUACAAGUAUGGAGAUGACAAGCUUAAUGUCUCAGAAGUGUCUACUGGUACUAGUCAAAAUGAUCCUAGCAGUAUGGCAAUGAAGGAAGAAACAGAUUACAACCACGGGAAGUCAUCUACAACUACUUUCACUAAGCUCAAAUCUUCUUUAAAAACUUCAGAUGCAAAAAAAGCAAUCCGCUCUGUUACUUGGGCAGACGAGAAUGCUCACAGUGAUGGAAAAAACCUUUGUGAGUUUAGAGAACUAGAUGAUAAGAAAGAAGCUGUUGUGGCAUCAAACUCCAGAGACACGGAAGUGGGUGAAGAGUCAUUUUUAUUUUCAUCAGCAGAAGCCUGUGCAAGGGCUCUAAUCCAAGCUGCAGAAGCUGUUGCAUCUGAAAAAUCUGAUGUAUCUGAUGCAGUGUCUGAAGCGGGUGUUAUUAUAUUACCACCACCUCAUGAAGUGGAUGAAGCUGAACGUCAAGAGAUUGGUGAUGUUAUGGAUACUGAUCCAUCUGUUUUAAAGUGGCCUUCAAAAUCAGGCUUUCCAAAUUAUGAUCUAUUUGACUCUGAGGAUUCUUGGUAUGAUAGUCCCCCGGAGGGUUUUGAUUUGACUUUAUCGCCUUUUUCAACAAUGUUUAUGGCCCUUUUUUCCUGGAUAUCAUCAUCAUCUGUGGCCUAUAUAUAUGGACGUGAUGAAUGUUAUCAUGAAGAAUAUUUAUCCAUCAACGGGAGGGAGUAUCCUUGCAAGAUUGUUAUGGAAGAUGGUCGCUCCUCUGAAAUCAAGCAAACUCUUGCUGGCUGCCUUGCUCGAUCCUUGCCAGGACUUGUUGCUGAGCUCAGACUGCCAACACCAAUAUCAACUCUUGAACAAGGCAUUGCACGCUUACUAGAUACUAUGUCUUUUACCGACCCACUUCCAUCAUUCAGGAUGAAGCAGUGGCAAGUGAUUGUCCUUUUGUUCCUUGAUGCACUCUCUGUCAGCAGGAUUCCUGCACUCACACAAUAUAUGACAGGCAGGAGAGUUUUGCUUCCCAAGGUUCUUGACGGUGCUACGAUUAGUGCUGAAGAGUAUGAGAUAAUGAAGGAUCUGAUCAUUCCACUUGGCCGAGUACCUCAGUUCUCAACUCAAAGUGGAGGCUAA